AUGGAGGGCAACUUCGACACGCUCGCAUCGCAAGACCCAGCAGCUACGCCGAGAAUGUCGCGCGACACCACCAACGAGCGACAAGGGAGCAACCGAUCCAUCGACCAAUCUCGUACAUCCGGUCUCGACCGAAAGGAAAGCUCGCUCUUUGGGCGCAGGCCGAGCGAGCAGUCUGUCGGCGCGAUCACGCCUUCUUCGUCCCGGAUCGAGUCGCAAGGUGGUGCCGGUGGUCUCUUCGGCAGUCCUGCAACGCGACCACGCACCUCAUCUCUGAUCCCCUCCUUCGGAUUCAGCAAAAGUCGGUUGGCAUCCUCCGCAGACCUCGACGGCGCUAGCAAGAGCCCAGGCAGCUUCGCCAACGGCGCUCGCUCGAACUCCAGUGACGUAAGGCGCGAUACGAGCGAGCUCGUCUCCGCCUCGGCUUCCACCCUGCUGCCCGUGCAAGCAAACGGAGCUGACAAAUCACCACGUGUCUCUUCGAGCUCUCGGCCAUCCCUCAGCGGACAGCUGUCUGCAGGCACUGCGCCUUCCGAUGCCGAAGCCAAGCUGUCUUCCGAGAAGCCCGAGAAGAAGGUGUCACUGUCCGCCUACCUGCCGUACGAUGACGAGGAGGCGACCGAGUACGCUGAACGCAUCGCUUCGACGGCGCCCAAAUCGCAGAUCGCAGCCAUUCUGGCUUCGAACGCCGAUGUCUUCUAUGUCGAAGCGCUUCAGCAUUUCAUGAGCCGCUUCUGGUUCAACAGUCUUCCGCUCGACAUCGCGUUGAGGAAACUACUCAUGGACCUGCAUUUGCCCAAAGAGACGCAACAGAUCGAUCGAAUGAUGGAGGCGUUUGCGAAACGGUACAACGAGUGUAACAACGGCCUUUUCGCUUCGGACGAUCAGCCGUACAUUCUGUCGUUCUCGCUGAUGAUGCUGCACACGGAUGCGUUCAACAAAAACGCCAAGAACAAGAUGACAAAGGCCGACUACCUCAGAAAUACGGGCGCCAGUGGCGUGCCGACCGAGAUCUUGGAAUACCUCUACGACAAUUUGACGUUUACGCAAUUCAUCUACAUCGAGGACGAAGAGGCCUCGGGCAAGCGACGCCCAUCGGAAGCCUCGGGCAUGUCGCUUCCAGCUUCAAGCAUGUCGACCUCGCUGGGAUCGCAAUCGGGAGCGGCAGCAAACCAGCGCCUCAAGAUCGACCCUUACUUCCUGAUUGCGCAAGGGCGUUUGGGCGAGCUGCGACCGGACCUGGAAGAUUUGAUUCCAGAGGACACGCCAUUCUCCUGCACCGGGUCUUUGCCAACGUUCGACGUGGAACGACUCAACUCUGCCUUCCUCCACGCACCAAGCAUCGAGAUCGUCACCACCAAACCCGCUGGUGAAGAGCCAGGCGCAGCCGCAGCGAGCCCACUCGACGUCGAAGAGGAAGUCGUUUCUCUCAAGGUCACCAAGGUCGGCGUGGUCAAUCGAAAAGACGACGUUUCGGAUGGGGGCAAAAAGGGUGCAUCUCGCAAGUGGAAGACGAGCGGACUUCUGCUGACAGGCUCACAGCUGUUGCUGUUCAAGGAUGUCAUCUGGAUCAAUGCGCUGCAGUCGCAAAUCCUUGAUCAGGUCGGGCACUCACUCUUGAACAACGGCAUUCCAUCCGACGAGGACGGCGCCGACGACGUGGUGGAAGGCGGCGUUGUCAUUACGCCAAGGAUCACGUAUUUCCGCCCGGACGGUGUCAUCUCGCUUGCCGAUGCGGUGGCGGUGAAGGACCAGUCGUACGGCAAGUACGACCAUGUCUUCCGACUAGUGGCCGCCAAGGGCCGACAGUACCUCGUUCAGGCUCAAAGCGAGGACGACCUGAACGAUUGGAUCCACAAGAUCAACUUCUGCGCCAGCUUCCGCACGUCGAACAUCAAGAUUCGCGGUCUCGACUUGGCACCUCGCGUUGGCCCCGGCGCCGCACUGAACGACGCGGACACGGCAGAACGGUUCGCAUCGCUAGCGAAACGGUCGUUCUCGGGCUCGGAACGUGCGACUCGAAGAAUGGAUGCUGAUGAAAGCGGAAGAUCGACGCCGAUCGGCGACGACAGCGGCGAGGUUUCUCGAGACGGCACAUCGCGAUCCAGCAUGGACCCAGUGACGAGACCGGGUGACAGCAGCCAACCAGCACGCCCUCGCUCGUCUGCCUCCCUUCGACUCAGCCCAGCUUCGUCUGCGAUUCAAAAGCGAGCUCGGGCGCGUCGCGAGUUGAUGCUGACCAAGAUUGCCGAAUCCGAGGUGCAAUUAGAGCGAGCCACGUCGCGACUGUCGGAGGAGAUCCGACUGGCUCGACACUUUGCCAUCUUGACGCCCUUCCUCAAGACGACGCGGGAUCGCAUCGAGAUGUCGGCUCUGCCCUUGGCCAACCGGAUCCGGUCCCUCCGAUUGGAUGUGGCCAAGACCGAGGCGCGAUGCAAGAUCUUGCGUCUAGACUUGGCUGCAGGCGAGAGGGUGGCACGAGCCCUGCUGCCAAACACGUACCUGUCGUCGUCGGCGAUCCGAGCAGCGAGUCGACUGCCUUCUGGCCAGGUCGGCACGCCGCAGCUGAUGGAAAUGGGCCGUGCCUCUGACUCGCAGUCGCAGUUCGAAGAUCUCUUUGGGGCGCCUGGCAGCAACGGGGCCAGCGCUCAGGAUUUGACGUCGAUGCCAGCUUCGCUGUCUGGAACGAUCAACAAGCCAGCAUCGCAUCAACGGAGCCAGAUGAAUCUCAACGCGGUCUCUGAGCAGCCGGCGGAUGAAUCACCGGUGAUGGCGGGUGGACGACCGCUGCCCGACGCUGAAGUCGAGACGACACAGCCUGGCACGGAGAGGAAACUGAACAAGAAGCACUCGGCUACAGACGAAGUUCCGCAAGACUGGGACUUGAGCCAGGUGGCGAGGCCAGGCACAAAUCGCAUCAGUCUGGUGAACCUGCCUUCGCCCAACGAGCUGGAGCAGGCUACGGGCGGACGAUUCCGAUUUGGUCGAGACACGUCCGAGUGA